GCAGGAAAAUAAUUGGUAACGCAUGCGCGCCGGGAGGAUGCCAUAUUGGAAUGAGGCUUAGAAAAGAGAUCUGCUCCAGAAACUGGUCACUGAAAUAGACCAGCUAACAUUGCUACUCUGGGCGAAAUAACUUGCUGCCGGGUCCUAAAGGCAGCACGCGGCUUAUCAAGCAGCAGCGGCAUUUUUGAAGCAGGUUACUUGCGAUCAGACCGUGAAGUUAAAGUUUAAUCGAAACAAUUUGAGUGGUAUGAACUAAACCAGAGGAAAUGGUUUGAAUACUUCCAACAGACUUUUUUUGGCAUUGGAACCAGAAAGGAGAAAAGCCUCAUUUUUAAGUAUGCAAGAAUCAACAACUUUGUUUUUAGAGAAGACGCAAAGUCCAACCAAUGUAAAUGGAGAGCAGUAUGACUCAGAUGUCGGCUCUGGAGGUGAGGACCUUGACUUCAACUGGGAUGAUUAUCUUGAAGAAACUGGUGCAAGUCCUGCACCCCACAACUCGUUCAAACAUGUUGAGGUUAGCCUCCAGAGUAGUUUCCAGCCAGGGAUGAAGUUGGAAGUUGCUAAUAAAAAUAAUCCUGACACCUAUUGGGUAGCAACAAUCAUUACCACAUGUGGUCAGCUUUUACUCCUGCGCUACAGUGGAUAUGGAGAUGAUCGCAGGGCAGAUUUUUGGUGUGAUGUCAUGACUGCUGAUUUACACCCUGUUGGAUGGUGUUCACAAAAUAAAAAGUCUCUGAGACCUCCUGAAGCGAUUUGUGAGAAACAUGGAGACUGGACAGAGUUUCUAAUUCGAGAUUUGACAGGUGCAAGGACAGCUCCAGCAAACCUCCUGGAAGGGCCACUAAGAGGGAAGAAUGCUGUGGACCUUAUUACCCCGAAAUCUCUUAUUGAACUUCAGGAUUAUCAAAAUCCUUUUCAAUACUGGAUAGUCCGUGUCAUUGAGAAUGUUGGUGGCAGAUUGUGCUUGCGUUAUGAAGGAUUGAAUGAUAUUGAAAAACAUGACCAGUGGUUGUUUUAUCUGGACUAUAGACUUCGGCCGGUGGGAUGGUGCCAGGAAAACGGCUGCAAGCUAGAUCCACCCACAGAAAUCCAGGAUCUUAAAAGUGACACUGAAUGGAAAGAUGCCCUUGAAAAGGCUCUGUCUGAAGCUGAAAAAUUCUCAUUGCCUCUAGAGGUGUUUAAGGACCAGCCUGAUCUGAGGACUCAUUGCUUCACAGUUGGUAUGAAAUUAGAGGCAGUAGAUCCAAGGGAGCCCUUUUCUAUCUGUCCUGCCACAGUAACUAAGGUUUUUAAUGACCAGUAUUUUAUGAUCACAAUUGAUGAUUUGAGGCCAGAUGCUCGUGAAAACUCUGUGCUUUGCCAUGCUGAUUCACCAGGAAUCCUUCCUGUUCAGUGGUGCCUUAAAAAUGGAGUCCAUCUCACUCCACCCAAGGGAUAUCCUGGUUUAGACUUUGACUGGGCUGAUUAUCUCAAACAGUGUGGGGCAGAGACACUUUCUCAGUACUGCUUCAGAAAUACUUCGCUCAGUCGAGGCUUCACCAAAAAUAUGAAGUUGGAGGCUGUCUCCCUUAGUAACCUGGCAGAAAUAUGUGUUGCUUCAAUCACAAAAGUAAAAGGUCGGUUAAUGUGGCUUCACCUUGAAGACUGUAAGAGAUCUGUCCCCGAAUACAUUGUUGAUGUCGACUCAAUGGAUAUUUUUCCAGUCGGUUGGUGUGAAGCAAAUGGGUACCCUUUGACCCCGCCAUAUCGUGCAGUCUGUCCAAAGCAGAAGAAAAUUGCAAUAGUCCAACCAGAAAAACAACUUCAUGCCAUACCUGUGGAACCCGUCCCUCAUGAGUCUUGCCCGAUAACAACAGAAGCUGGUACUACCAAUGGCAAGUACUGCUGUUCCAAAAUAUAUUUCAAUCAUCGCUGUUUCUCAGGUCCAUAUCUCAACAAAGGACGAAUAGCAGAACUUCCUCAAUCAGUUGGACCUGGAAAAUGUGUGCUUGUUCUGAAGGAGGUUCUUACUCUAUUGAUUAAUGCAGCCUACAAACCAGGCCGUGUGCUACGGGAGUUGCAGCUUGAAGAUGACCCAGAGUGGAACUGUCAGGAAGAGACACUGAAAGCCAAGUACAAAGGGAAAACAUACAGGGCAAUUAUGAAAAUUGUAAGGACAGCAGAUCGGGUUGCAGAUUUCUGCAGAAGGACUUGCAUGAAGUUAGAAUGCUGCCCAAACUUGUUUGGACCGCUCAUGGUAACUGAGAAAUGUCCUGAGAACUGCUCUGUUCACACAAAAACAAAAUACACUUAUUACUAUGGAAAAAAGAAGAAAAUCAUCAGGCCUCCUGUUGGAUAUAACCCCUUAGAAAGCAACAACAAAAAACCCGCUAAACGCAGAAAAAAGCGCAGGUCGUGUUUUGUCCAAAAGAAAAAGCGCUCAUCCACAUCAGUGGAUUGUGCUCCACAGGAAAAUGGAGAGGAGAAGGAAGGUGGACAAGAUAUGAUAGAAGAUGAAACUGGAAGUGACGGAACAAGCUCUGAGCAGCGCGAUGAUCAAACAGAUACAUCUUCUGAAUUGCCUGAUGUCAAACCAAAACGAUUACAGCGAUUGAGAUCAGCAUCAGAACUACCCCGGCCUCACAAAGUAGACAGGGCAAAGCUAAAGAGAAGGGUGCGGACAUUGUCACUUUCAGAGGAUGACAAAUAUGAUUCACUCAAAUGUUCAGCACCAAAGGAAAAUAGACAAAAUGAAGAAGAUAAACUUGUGCUAGAAAGUAAUCCAUUGGAAUGGUCAGUGGCUGAAGUUGUCAGAUUUAUUAAGUCCACAGACUGCGCACCUCUUGCAAAAAUAUUUCAGGACCAGGACAUUGAUGGCCAAGCACUACUACUGUUGACACUGCCAACAGUCCAGGAAUGUAUGGAGCUUAAACUCGGCCCUGCUAUCAAAUUAUGUCAUCACAUUGAAAGAGUGAAAAUUGCUUUCUAUGCACAGUAUGCUAACUGACUUAAUUUGUCAUGAUUCAUUUUAACAUAUUUUGCCCAGAAUUGUUCCAAAAUGAGCACUGGACCAAGGUGUUCAGCUUUGACGCAAUGGACAGAUAUUCAUCUGAUAGCUUGCCAGCCAGAGAAAUGCUGUGAAAUAAACUUAGUGAGUCAUUAUUUGCUGCUCACAUUGAGUGAUAUGAUCAAAAUGAAGUAAGUUGUUAAUAUAGCUGCAAAAGGGCCCCUUUUACGUCAAGAUGGAUGCUACGCAUAUUUGAACAGAAUCAAACACUGAUGGGCAAGUCAUGAAAACACAAUCACAUGUGGACUACUUCAGAUUUGGAUGGAAAAGAGAAAUGUAAAUAAGGAUUACAAAGUGAUAACAGCAGCUAUAAAUUUGAAGAUUCAUCAUUUAAAAGGCUUUUGAGAUUUGCUGAAUCUUCAUGCUUGAAGCCCCGAUUAUCUUAAGAAUGAUAGCACGUUCACAUUGGAAUCAACAGAGAAUAAACAAGCCUGAGCCUGGAGGUACUGAAUAUACUUCUGACAACAGUCAAUCAAUAUGCUGUGCUUGUCAGUUGAACAAUCUUUCCAUACAAUACUCCAGUUCAUUUUGAUUUGGUUGUGUUUUAUAUUUUGCCAGUUGAUUUUUGAAUGUUAUCAACAUGAAUUAUAAGGAGAAUGUUUAACUACCGUGACACUGUGCUGUUUAAUUUAGAAUUGGGAACAAGACAGCAUGACGAAGUAAUUGUGUUGCCCAUUAUUGUGCAGAUUUCUUUAAACCUGUGGCCAUUUGCAGCCCAAAAAAAUACUUCAGUUCAGGCUCCCUGAAGUUUAAAGCGAUCAGCACUAUCUUUAAUUAGCUGGAACAGAAUAUUAUAAACCAGAAUUGAGUGUAACACUUCCCUGCAGGAAUGCUUUGAAUGAAUAUUGUCUUAAAAUGAUGAGGUUCCAAUACUGGCACAAUCUAAAUUAUCCCAAAGAAAAUUGAAAAGUUGUCCAUGAGUUUAUAUAAAGGAAGGAAAGCAGGGUUUGAGGAGGAUAUUGUGAUCUACCAUUCUCAUUUCAACUGUUUCAAAGUUGAAUACUGACAACUUUUUAAGUGACUACACUGUAAUGUACAGGUGUUGAGUUGUUUUCAAAUGACACUGCAGUGAUUUUUAAAAAAUAUAUGCUCUCAAACCAAUUUCACAAAAUUACUUUCAACUUCUACAUCUAAAAGAGAAAAUCUGUUUUGUGGUAGACAUUUGGGAUGAAUUAAAUAAUUUGAUUGAAUAUUUGAAUCAUAUUUUGGUGGAACACCACAGAUUCUGGACAACUUACAGCAAUGUUUAUUUAAAGCUGUUUACUAGAGAGAUCAUACUUGCUAAUGAUGGGACUUUUUUGGGAACUGAAACAAGCUUUGUGAAGAGCAUUGUCAUAUUUUCUUACACCUAACUAUUUCGUAUCAACGUGCAUCAUAAUCUAGUGAGUCAACAUAGCACAGUAGAAUAUCAAAAUUAAUGCAAGACAGCUAUAAUUUUACAUCAUCCUUUAAUGGACUAAAAACCCCAAUUUAAAAAUUUGCUUUACAGAGUAUCUAGAUUUGAUCAUUUCAUCUGCACAUUAAAUGUUAUUAAGCUCCUGAAGAUAUUGUCACAAUAUAUCUAUGCUUCACACUGUGAGUUGCCAUUUAGAGUGCAGCGAAUCUGAAAUGUUUGGAACGUAUUUACUCUGUAGACUAAUUCAUAAUUUAUUAUAAUUAAAUUGUGAUGCAUUUUAUGCAUCGACUGUUCAGACAUUAUUUUUCUUCCAGCAAUCUGUUUUCCAAUUCUUUUUCUCAUACAAAAAAAAUUUUAAAAGGAUUUUUUUUUUAACAAUGACAGCUAUUGUGCAAACUACACUUUUGCAGUCCCAUAAGAACUCAAUUUUAAAAAGAAAUUCUAGACUUCAAAUUUCUCCACCAUUUAAUAUUGAAGAUGUUACAGGCACUUGACACCUCUUACCUAAGUGCAGCAGUGGCAGAUCAUUGAAGUGUGCAAUGUUGAACCAUAAUUCUUUCUAAUCAAAGAUAUUUGCUGUCAUAAAAGUUAAUUAAGAGUCAAUGUUACUAGAUAUUUUAGGUAAUCUGCUCAUCCAAUCCUCUAUGUAUGCCAUUUACAAUGUACACAUAAUUGUGUGCAUACAAAGAUGCAUUUGGUGUUUCUGCGUAGAGUCAGUGCAGUAACCUUACUAGUUCAUUUUGAAGUGAGCAACUAUAUGGUUGAUUUGAAGGUAUUAAUUGGCAGACUGGAGAGAGAUGGCCCCAUGUUCCAGUGUGUCACAUGCAGACUUACCGUAAAUUGUAGAAAUUCAGUGCGAUCUAUUGCUUCCCUUUCUGUGACGUGGAAACAAAUCUUUGGGUUCAGGAGGACAACAAAGUGGGGAACAAAAGAAUGCAAAAACGAAUCUUUAAACAUUAAAUUCUGUUUCGUAGUACCAGACACUCUUUAUGUAGUAAAAUCACAUUACACAUGCAUUUUCUGUGUGAAUUCUUUAGAAGUACAAUUUUGAAAAUCCAAUGUUAAAUUUCCUUAUUACUGUCUUGCUGGAUAUUAAAAUGUAAAAAUAAAAGCAAAUGUGGGGAGUACUAGUAACCAGUCAUUUUAUUCACUUGUAAUAUAUUAAAAACUUUUGUGAGGAUCUUUGAGUGACAAAUAUGUUUUCUAUUUCUAAAACAUAAUAUUAUAAUAAAAAUAGCGUGAGAUCAGUUCUUUGUUGUUUCCCACAUAUAAAAAUUUACAUUUAUUAAACAGUACUUUACUUUUAUAAUGAACUCAUUUUUGCAAUCUCUAACAAAUUUUGUUAUCCUACACUAAUAAAAAAUUGGUGUCUUAGUGUUCAGUAAGCCAGUCACGCCUAGAUAUGGCUUUGAGUACAGAUGAUGCUUACCCCGAAUACUUUGUCUGAAUGUACAGAAACAAUAAUGUUUGGAAGUGAACAUCCUUUUUACGUUUGCUUUAUUUAAAAAAAAUUCAAGGCAAAAUAUGGAGAAAAGGCUUUAAACUAUGCAGAUUGAGUCUUUGCAACAUUUAAUUUUAAAAUGUACAUUUUCUUACAGAAGAAUUCACAUUGAAAAUACAUGAAACAGCUGUACAGAAGGGAGCUAUUAUUAAGGAGUCAGUAGCAAUGGAACUUUGUACUUUAUUGUACACUCUGAGACAAGGAAUAUAUUAAUUUUAUUAAGAACAUAAGCAAUUUCAUAGCUGUAAAGCUCUGUGUUGCCUGCUGGUAUCACAUCUAUUGGGACUGCUAUUUGCCUAUAGAAGUGCCUCAGCAAACCUUGUGCCUGUAUUAGAAUGACAUUAGUAAGAUUGUCUGUAGAUGUGAUGUUGGAUUCCUCGGGGAUUAUGUGAAAUGGGCCCUAUUCACUGUAUUGAAGAUGUAAACACGGUUAAAAAGCUGGCAAAGUAAUUUUUUAUCUGUAUUUAACAAAACAGAUACUAAGAAAGAGUAUUGUUACUGUAAAUUGAAACAGGAUAAAAAUCAAAUGACUUUAUUCCUUACUAAUAUAAAGUGUAAUGUCUGACUUUCCUCUGUUGUCAUUCAGCUCAGUGAUAGCAUUCUGCCACAAUGUUUUUCUAUAUCAGAAUAGGAAAAUAUCCAAAAUCAUUAUGUCAAUUACUAUCAGCAAAUUAAUUAGCUGGAGGUUCACGAGGCUAAAGUCAACACCACUAUGCAAGCUAUAUUCAGGAAUAUUUGGAACACUUGGAAGACUCGGAAGAUUUGAUUAAAUUCAACUUCAGCGAGAACAUGAAAUGGGUGGCAGUGGAUCACGAGUUUUCCAUUACAUCAAAUGGAAAGAGUAAGUAGGCAAGUGUAUAAUGGCUGUCCUAUCAAAUACUACCCAAUUUAUGCCCUACCAAAGUUGAAUUUCAUCCCAUUGGUAUUAAAGGUUUUGAUGUACAUGUUGCUGCAGAGCAAUUAUUGCAUUUUGUUUAUCUAUCUUCUGUAUAUGGGGGUAGGAGAAUUGCACAUUCCAUUUUAAUGUGUAUAUGGUGUUCUGUUGUUGUAUUUUUUAAACAGAGUACAUAUAUCAGUGUUUUUUUCCCAGAUCAGUAGAAUGAUGUGCAGAUGACACUGAGGUAAUAUGUGGAGCUGUGCAUUGUAAUUGGUUAUCUUGCAUGUUAUGCUUAAUAAAACUGUAAUAAAUAUUGCUGUUGCUGCUUAAUUUCUGAAGGACAAUAUAUUGCUUUGUUAACCAAUUCAUUGUUUAUAAAUUUUGUAUAUAUUUUGAAGAAUUAACCCUGCGCUAUUGACGUUACGGCCUUUAAGAAUCAUGUAUAUGUUUUCUGAAGAUUGUUUAGUUCAUUAAAAUACAUUAGUUUCUUUGCCAGAAUCUAAUGUUUGUACAGCUAAGAACCCCAGAAAAAAAAUACUGACCUAUUUUGAUGCUAUUACAUUUAGUUGAUUGUACUUUCAGUAAACCUGUUUCAAAAACUUGUCAAAAGAUUGUGAUAUAUUAUAGAAAAUGUUGUGUAAUUUUCAGUAGUGAUUCCUUGUAUACCAGUACGGUGGAUACUAUCUUUUUCUAAAAAAAACAAAUAAAACACCAAAGAAUUACUACAGUUACUCUUUCAGGCCCGGUUUCUAAGCUAAGAAUGGGCUCAUUUGUGUUUUCUAAGACACCUUUUAUUACUAAUGUGUAUAUUCAGCUGGUUGGAAUUUAAGAUUAUUUGUAAAUGGGAAGUAUUAGUGUUCUCUUUCCAACGAAACCAACUGACAGAACCAAGGGCACAAAAAUUUAACUAUUCACAAGUAAGCACAAACACUGGCUAUUUUUGUAAUUUGAUGAUUACAAAAAUUAUCAAUGCAUAGAUGUAAAAACAAGAAACUUAUUAAACUGAGAUGUAAGUAAUUACUGGAACUGCAACAUGCAGUUGUGGUGUGAUAGCCUUUUCUGAAACAAUGCCAAUUGUUAGUAACAUGUGGUUUUAUGUCACGUUAGCUAUGAUUUUUUGGCACUGAAUAAUAAAGGUCUCAAAGGCAAUUGAGGUGUGCAAAACAAAAUAUGCAGCAUUUGUAUAAGGGAACUGUUUUAAUAUAAAGAUGCAAAUUCAUGUUUAAAUUGUCCAAUCACUUUUUAAGCUUAGAUUAAAACUAAUACAUUUUAUCUUGAUUAUUUGUGCAGUUAGUGCAGUGCGCUAGGGUCUCCAAAUUAGUAGUUACAAUGAUGUGGAAAUGCCAGAGUUGGACUGGGUGUUGUUUGAUUUUUGACCUUAGUAGUUACAGACAGCCCGUCUCCCACCCCUUUCAAUGCAUGUAUGCUGUGUAUUAGAACACAUGUUGCUGACAACUUUCUGUUAAAUUACCUUGGAUAGAUUACAGGCUAUAUGAUCAGUUGCAGCCUCCGUACUUUUUCAUACCUCAGAAAUUCACCAGGAAGUACUGGGUUGUUCAAUGUUCUUUUAUGCCAAAAAAAUGGUUUUGGCUUGAACAAUGCUCUUGGGUCGUCAAAAUAUUUAUCGCUUGGAGAUUGUAACUGAAAGUGAUACUGUGCAUCACUGAGAAACGGUGUUUGUUUUGAACAACUGUCUUAUUUAUGUAUCACCUACAAAUAUAAGAUUUUUUUAACUGAAGUGAAUGCAUCUUGUGGGAAGGAACUAAUUAGUAAAAUCCUUGUGAUGCAUUCCUUGCAUACUAUUCUGUUGUUGCUUCUGGGUUGGAAGUCUGAAUUUUCUAACCAACGUUGUUGCAAUGCUGGGCUUAUUAACGUAAGUAUUGAAAUAAGUUGGAAUAGAAAAUUUAGAGUCCUGAAUUUGCAUAUCUUGCUUCCUUACAAUUGGUACUGAGCUCAAAGCAGAUAUUCUUUUAGCGUGCAAACUAAUUUGAAUUUUCUUGUUUGAAAUGCUGUUUCUCUAUGUUCCUUGAUUUGUUUUCUGCUUGUCUGCACAAUGAAGUGUCUGGCCCAACAAGUUGAAGAGCGUAUUCUGUAUAUACGUUUUCAUGUAAAUAAAUAAAACCUUUAUUCAGAGCUAUAUUUUGUUUUUAACAUCACCCUUUUUAUGUUGCAAGAUGUCUUAAUAAAAAUUGAAACAAA